AUGGAUAUAUUCUUAACCUACGCUAAUUUCUUAUUAGGUUCAGAGGACAAAGACAAGAGCCGACCAGUCAUCAUUGGGGAGGCUCCUCCACCACACUCUGCUCACUUACGUGGCCGGCGGUUGCUUGCCAAUGGCAUUAUCGAUCGUGAAGGACCGUCUCGUCUCCGGCCAAGUGCAGCAACUACCAAAGUCAGGAAG